UGUGCCUGAAGUCGCAUGCUUUGCAAAACUUGUAUUAACGUGUUAUUUUUGACUGCAUUUUCUACAGUUGUUCUGUUUCAUUCUGUGCUAGUUAUUGUUUCUUUUCAAGUUAUAUUCAUUAUUCAAAUUUAAAUAUGGGGCAUAAACGUAAGAAAAGCGAGUCAGAGAAAGAUUCGGAUAACCCGUCAAAGAAACCAAAAACUGUGGAACCCGAGUUUACUGGCACGCAGUUUAAAAGCAUGUUGAAAGACUCUCAGACGUUAACUAAAGGAAUGGAAACUUUCAUAUCUCUGGCAAAGAAGUUACCUUCUGCUGAUCUUUAUGAUGUUGUAGAGGGAUACAUUAAAAUUUCUAUGGAGUGUGCAGAAAUCUUCAAACUGUUGGAUGGAGAGAAAAGAUCUGAAAAAGAGAUGGUACUGAUUUUUGAAUCCUUGGAAGCUAUCUUACUGAGGACUGCAAGUGAUCUUUUACAUUUCAGUAUUGUGGGAGUCAACAUUGUUAAGAAGUUGAUAAGUAACUACAUGAAAUCAAUUUAUGCGGCUUUGUACUCUGAAAGUUACAGGUUUUGUCGAAUCUGCCUCAAGUUAUUAUCUGCAAUGGUGACUCAGGGACCGGAUUCAGCAAGGGAUGUCUUUAGCCACUUUGAUUUCAAUCACAAACUUCUUCCUGGACUUGUGAAGAAGAGAGAUGCACAGGGGAGGCCUGAUGUUCGAAUGGCAUAUAUUCAGUUUGCUCUUUCCUUUCUAAUUUCAGGGGAUAACAUCCUGAUAGGACAAGUACUGGAGUUAAAAGGUUUUAUUUCAGACAUUUUUAGCACUGGAUUAAGAGAGGAUCGGAUUUCCAUAAUAAACCUGUUGCUUUCUACCCUAAAAACUAAGGUUGUCCAGAAUAAAACAGUCAGUAAAACUCAGAAGGUGCGUUUCUUCGCGGCUAGUGUAUUAAAUCAUAUUGCUUCCCUGUAUCGCUGGAAUGGGAUAGUUGAUGUCAGUACUGAAGACAUAAAGAAUGCUCCAAAUUUGGAGGAAAAAGGCAAAAUGAUGAUCCGAGAAAUAGUACACAACUUCUUGAUGGAGCUUUGUUGUUCACUGAAACAUGGUAUAAAUUUCUUUGACCCUAGUUUGGGCACAGUUGGAAGAGGUGGAAACUUGGUGCUUUUGAGAUUUCUUUUGGGCUUGAAAACAGCCACUGAGGAUGAGAUGGUGGCUGACUUAGUAGUGAAUAUCCUGAAAGUGUGUCCUGACUUACUUCAGCGAUACUUCAAAGAAACUCAGUAUUCAUUUGUCCCUAGGCUGAAGUCUGCUUGGCUUGAUAAUGUAAAACUCCUUCGGAAGAUUUAUGAAGCUCAGCCAGAAUUUUCCAAGGCCUUUAACACUUCCGAAUUUAUUCCUUUUCCUCGUCUGCUUUCAAUGGUGAUGAUAACUACAGUGCCUCCAGUGUGUACUAAAGCCAUGUUUUCUCAGGGAUUAAAUUUACCUAACAAAGUAGUGAAGCAGACUACUCUGUCACUUCUGGUAUUCAUUCUUAAACGUGCUCUAUGUAAUAUUGAGCAUUGCUUGGCAGAGGAGGUGUGGCAGAGUUCUGAAAUCUACACUCCUACGGGGAUGGCUGAAUUCUGUCAGCAGUACAGAGAAGCUCUAAGCAAGCUUUUACCAGAUAUGAACAGCAUUGUUGCUGUCUGGCAAUCAUUAUUAAGGAAAGACAAGAAAGAUGAAGAUGACAUAAAUGAAGAAAAAAAGGAAGAAAGCAAAGAAAACAUGGAAAUAGCUGAUGCCAGAGAACCUGAUCAGCCACACAGCUUGGAUGAUGCAGAGACCACUUUGCUGAAGGCUGUACUUCUUCAGGUGAUGUGCCUCUAUCAGAAGGUUAUUCCACACAUUGUCACCCUCAGCACUUUUGAUUUUAGCAAAUUACUAAAAGGUAUCGUAAGUGAAAAAGGUAUUCGAGAAGAAGUGCCACCUGUCCUACAGUAUCACAUUCUUCAGCUGGCCCUGGAGCUUCCAGCAAACAAGUUUUCGUGGUUUAAAGUUCAGGAUAUAUCAGACGCUGAAAAGCACACUGGAGAAAAAUCUGUAUUUUACUUAAUGCUGAAAAUGUUCACAACCUCUAAAACCUCACACCUCAAAAUGUCAACAAAGCUUCUUAUUAUUAAGGUUUUGAUGAACAGUGGAAUUUUUCAGUACACUUGGAAGGAGCUUGAAGUUUGGCUAAAACAUUUGGACAGCGUCAUAGAAGAGAAGCAGGAGGCUGUGAUUCAGUUUUUGGAGUCGGUUUUGAUCAAGCUGGUAUGUAACCCCUAUCCAUACACGGAUAAGGCAGCUGAACUGGUGCAGGAAGCUAGUAUGCUUGAGGCCAGUCUUGGUGGGCAGGAAUCUGAUGCUGCCAGCAUAUCAGUUGCACACAUUGAUGAUGUUCUAGAUAUGGUUGAUGUUAUCGUUGAGGGCAGUGAAGGGCUUGAUGAAGAGAUUGGAUUCACACUGAAUGAUGAGUUGAUCCUGCAGACCUUUCCAUUUAGUGGUGUUGUUCCUGCAGCUAUGGAGGCUAGAAAUAAGAUGUUUACCCAGGGCACCAGUAGGACAGAUGAGAUAGACAACUACCUCGUAUCAGUGCUGACUGACAUUCUUCAUGCCCAGCGAGAUCCUCUUGCCCUCUGCUUGUUGUUGCAGUUCUAUGACAAAGAUCUAGAGAUGCAGGAUAAGAAGGUGUUUCCAGUCAUUUGGUGUUCACAGUUUUACAAAUACUACAGUCUAUGGAUUCCACAACAAGUCAAAGAGCAUUUGUUUGAACAGAUUGUAGCCGAGUCCCGUGAAUCCUCUUCAGAACUUCCUGUCUGUGCACCAUUUCCUUGUUUGCUAAAGAAUGCCUAUGAGAGAGGUGGACAUACCAUUCUAGAGGAGAAAGUUAAGGAGAACCUGAGGGAAGCUAUUUCCAGUCUAAGCCUUGAUAUACUCCCUCUUGCUGCCAAGCACAUUAUGCUGUACAUCAGAACGACCAUCAACAAUUUUAAUAAAUGUGAUAAAACCACCAGCAUCGGCAUGCUUAACCUUUUUAUGGAGAUGCUGAAGUUUUUGAUACAUCGUGGUCAAGAGCUGAGUGGCACAGAUGAGGUCCAGCAACAGAAAGCAGACUUCCCAUCUGAUGACUGUGAUCUUUUCUUGGAUGUUGAUUCUGUGAUGGCUGGAGGACCUACCAAAGACAAGGUACUGGAAGAUCUGCUUGUAGCCAUUUUUAAGCACCCUGUGCCGGAACAGUGGUUUUUGGCUUUGGACCUGCAGUCACCACCACCUCAUUGCUUAAACCCAGUCAGUGUUAAGCUGCUGUCCAACAAGUUAAACACCAGCAUUCUAGAGUUGCUCAGGUUAAGCAUGCCUCUGCUGCAGUGCAUACAUCGUGUAGACAUAGCAAGUAUGUAUUUUCAAGCCAUCACUAAAAGUGUCCUGAAAGAAGUGGAUGCUUUGAACAAAGCUGGAAGCAGGGGAAGUGCAUCUAACAAGAAGUCUCAGGUACUACAGGGCCUUGAGGAGCUCCACAUUUAUAUGGAUCAAAUCCAACUCCAGGAGGUGAUAUCUUCUAUGCUUCAGCUUCAUGAAGAAUGCCUAACUGUGCAAAGGUCAGCUGAGGAGAAGGGUUCAGUAGUGAUGCAGCUGAGCCACUACGGAGAUGUCUUGGUCAGUAUUUUGAUGGAAAACUAUGGAAAUGUGCCAAAGGAUGACAAGUUAGUUUUAUCAGCAAGUCAUGUUAAAGGAUUAAGUACUUUGUUGCAGUUUGCAAAUAGUGAGGGUCUGGAACAUAUCAUCCUUGGUGCCCUCCAGAAGGAGCCAGUGUUUUCCCAUGUGAUUGGACUGAAAGUGCUGACCCUUUGUUUAGAGCGCAGAACAGAAAUUUCCCUUUCUGUUGCUGAAUUCCUCCUUAAACACAGCAUGCCACAUGUGCUUCACUUUGAACUUUGGUGUUUGGAUCCUGGAAAUAUGAAAUACCUCAAGCGGAACUUGGAAGCCCUCCUUCCCCUACUCAGUGUUUACUUGAAGCAGAAAUCUACGAUGCAUUUUGCAAGAUCAAAAGAAGUAUCCAUGGCUGUAAUGGUAGCACUGAAAGAAGGUAUUUGGAAGAAGCUGACAAAAAAAGUUUUGGCAGAUGAAGCUUUUGGAGAGAUUGAUCUACACCUUGAAGUUAUUUGUGGUUUAAUCCAGGAUUCAGAUUCCAGAGAUGAGCUGACCUGUCUUAUUGACCAGUUUCCAGAAGUGCUUGAAAAAACAGAAAAUUAUAAGUGGUGGGAUGUAUCCGAUCCUAUUGCAAAGGCAUUAGAAGGCUCACUUGAAAUGAAGGAUUUAUGGAAAAACAGCUUACUCAAAGCCUGUCUGAGGUGGUUGGUGUCUACUUAUAACAGCAAUAAGGAACAGGAAGAUGAGCUGAAGAAAACAGAGGCAUCCAUGCUGUCCCAUCUUUCAGACUUAAUGCAUUCUGUUAGCAGAGUUGAAGCUGUUGACUGGAAUAACUUUGUGAAGACAGGACUAAAGUAUCGUUACAAAGACUGUACAUUUUUGAACACACUCAACAACCUUAUACAGUCCCUGUAUGAGAAUGAAGGAUCAUCCAGUACCUUAGUGCAGUUACCCAUGAUUCAUAUGAUGGUCACCAACCACUCUAUGUUUCUACAAGUCAUGCUUUGGUCAAGAGAAGAACAGCUAAAGGAAAUGGCAACAAGAGAAGCUAUUGUGGAUCUAUUGCUUUCAGUAGUUCAGAGAUGCCCUUCACUAUGUGACAAAAAUCAUUUUGCUGUGCUGCUUGGAGCCUACGGUGCUACUCUGGACACUACAGACCAGAAGAUACUACUACUACUCCAGACAUACGAGAAGAAUAAUGUGAGCCUUGCUGACUUCAGAUUGUUGUUAUGGGGACCAGCUGCAGUAGAACAUCACAAAACCCGGAAGAGUUUAGGAAAGUCCCUCUGGCAGCAGCCAAGCACAGAAGAGGUCCUCGCAUUACUAGAUAGUGAGAAGAUGCACCAGACAAUCCUUCAUUUCCCACAGCAGAGGCACAUCUUACCUGAGGAAGGAAAAGAACCAUUGUUUACAGACAAAAAUAUCAAGGAUCUUCACAACCUCUAUGAUCCAUGUUUCCUACUCCCACUCUUUAGUGCACUGUUAAAGCCAGAGUCAGUAGUGGAUUGUCACAAAUUUGUGGAGGUUAAUGCAUUAGGCUUCACAGUAACUGCCCUCAGUAGCUAUGAUCCCAAAGUACGUGCUGCAGCGUACCAUGUUCUAGGAGCAUUUCAUUCUCAUCUUGAGGGAGCACGCUUUCGAGAGAAGAGUCAGUUGCUGUACUUGAUGGAUACUGUAAAGAAUGGGGUUAGACAGCAGAACUUCCGGUUUACAUUCUCCUUGGCAGUUUAUGUUGCUAAAGUAUCCCAGCAGAUGUUAAGACCGGAGGAACACAUGUACAUGAGAAUCAACCAAUUCCUAUUAUUGCAUCAGUACUUGGACUUAAGGAAGGUGCCAGGAUUCUAUAAGUUGUUCUACAGCUUUGACUUGGAGCACAAGGUAGAACGUGAGUGGCUUCUCAACCUCCUCAGUGAUGGAUUGAAAGACAAGCACUGCUAUGAGCUGUAUGAUCAUCAGCGGAUUUUUCAUGUCCUCCUUGCUUUCUUCAGUAGCCCUUUGUGUGAUGAAACUGCACAACUUCAGGUACUUGAAGUACUGCAGUGUGCUGCCCAAAUUACCAAAGCUGCCUAUGAGCUAAUCAGAGAUCACAGUCUCUUAACAUGGAUGCUUCACAUCCUAGAAAAAAGGUUUAUUGAAAGCGACUUGCUGUCCCGUAUAAUUUCCUUGGUGCAAACCUUGUGGACUACAAAUCUGGGUGACAAAGAAGCUGCACUCGCUAGAGAUAGUGCAUCAAAAAUUGAAUCUGAUACAAGUCACAAGUUCCUUCCUCUUCAAAUUGUCAAUGAAUUUCUCUUCAUUCUACUGAGAUUGAUAAAGCAUAUCAGGACCUCCUUGGAUGUGAGCAAACUGUGUCAGUAUUUUGGUACAUUAAGAUCCGUCCUGAAGCAUCGCUCUUUUCUGAUGAAGACAUACAAAGAGAUGAAGAGAUUCACAGUUAAUGUGCAUGCUCUUUCACACAAGGACAUUCUCCUGAUUCUGCAGAAGUGGAAUGGAACUGAGAAAGAUCUGUGCCUUCAAGAUGCUUUGCAAACAAUUGCCCAUAAAUACAAAGUGACAGAGCUGCUCAGAAUAGUGAAAGAGAGAAACAAACCCAAAUUAUCAGCAAGAGUCCUGUCUCGAAAUACUAGAAGCAAGGUUAAAGAGAACGUGAAUGAGGAUGCUAAUAGAAGCAGUGACAUACAAGAGUUUUGUAUCAGCAAGUGCAAAAGUUAUCUGAAUUCCAUAUGCACAUACUGGGUCCCAGUGUUCCCAUCUGAGGAUCAGCAGCUUCAUCCUACAGGAGACGAAGAUGGAUCCAUACGUAUUCAUAGUGACAUAAAGGCUGAAGUCUUGGCAGCAACCUGCUUAGUAGCCCGAUGGGUAGUGAGGUCUGCAAUUAACUGUGAUCUUACAGUGGUGGAUUUAGACUUCUUCCUGAACUGGCUUCAGACUAGUAUUUUACCACAUGAAACAGUAGUCCAGGAACUUCUUAAGGAUCCCAUAGUAAAAAGCAACCUUUUGCAACUUUACAACCAAGCUUGUUACAUCACUCAUGAGGAUUACUGUACAAUACAGAGUGCUGCAGUCUUCAGCCAGGUCAUGCUGGAGCUGAUAAAAUAUCAAAGCCUGUCUAAAGAUGGUUUCCUUGACACUGUGGUCCAACCCAUGUGCCUGGCUGCUCUAAAUGAGGAAGACAUGGCAAUGAAAGUUGCAAGAUUGUGUUUACUUUCCUUGUAUAUCCAAGACUUAUGGCUGGAAACUGACAGACCAGAAAUGUUCCUCAGCUAUGUAAGGAUGGUCUUGAGAUCUGAAAUUGAAAAACAAGAAGACGAUGAGCAACAAACUCCAAGAAGGAAAGGAAAGAAAAUGAAUGAAGCCAUAGUAGCACUUUGUAAAGACAUUUCUGAGUUAGUGAUGGACCUUUGAUGGCCAUGUAUUUUGAAAAGUGCUGUUAUCGACUUUAACUUUUGAAGUCAGGAGCUUCUCCGUUUAUAUUGUUUUAUAUUAUUUAUUUGAGACAGAUUAGACUGAGUAGGAUAAGUGCCUCUUUUCAGGAGAUUUCUGCAGAUUUUUACUUUAAGUGAUAUACUGAAAGCCAUGCCUUAUGCAUGUAAAGAGAAGGAACUCAAAGCCUCAUGUGUCUCCAUUAACAUCUUUUCCUUCAUAGCCUCUGCUCUCACCCCUUAUUUUUCUUUGCUUACACUGAUACUUGAAUUCAUCUUACACUGAUACUUGAAUUCAGCAAUUAUGUAUGUUAUUCAAUAACUCCUUGCUAUCACAUCAAUAUUUUAAUGUUUUCCAGCUUUGUUUUUUUUUUUCACAUUUCAAAACUAGAAAUUUGCUGUUAAUUGAUCAUUGUCUUGGUCAUCUGAAGAAUAUGUUGUGACAUGACAUGUAGAUAGUGAAAGUGGGAGAGGGUGGAGAGAAAGUGGCUGGUUACAGAACUGGAUGACACUGUAUAUUAUUUUAUUUUUUAACACCUUUAUUAAAUUAUCACUUAAGACAUAGGCACAUUUAUUAAUAGAAAAUAAAACAAACCAUAUUAACAUUUUAUACAUUAUACAUGCAUUCCAUAUUUUUUUUCUUUUAACACCUGUCAUUUAGUCCAGAAUUACAUAAAUUACUCAAUUCCUACCUUCCCUUAAUCCUCAUUCCUCCUCUUGAACAUUAUUCUGC